UAAAUCCACAGUGGGGCAGAUUAGCAGGGCUGGUAAAUAUCGAGUUAGUGUGAAACCGCCAUACCGGUACCCCGAUUAAUCGUCAAAUGCGCGCGCCUAAGGGUCACUUCCUGUUGCUCUCACGGUAAAGCAGGUAAAGAAGGUAAAGCUGGUAACUUUCUCCUCAAUGGCGACUGAAGAAGAGAAGCAAAUGAGGAAUAUAAACGAGCUCUCGGAUCAAGCGAUCCGACAGUACGAGAGCCUUCGGAAAGAGCAUGAGAAAACCAAGAUGGAGUGUAAGCAGCUGAAGCAGGAGCGAGAUGAGGCCCUACGGAAGCUGGAGGACUUCGAAAGAGUGUCCCACAGGGUGCUGCAGGAGGUCAACAGCAUGCAGGAGAACCUGGAGGUUGAGAAGACCUGCAGGGAGACAGUUGAGGCCCUGGCAACAAAGCUGAACAGACAGAACCGUUCUCUGAAGAGGAAGAGUAUGAUGUACCUGGCCCACCUGGGUUCUGAUGUUCUCGCUAAGAUCAAUUUGGAUGAUGAUGAAGUUGAUGAUCAGCAGGAGGAGGAGUCUGGAACCUGUAGCUCCACCCACUGUCACACCAUCAUCUCAGAGCUGAGGGGUAAAUUAGAGUUGGCUCAGGAGGAGAAAAAAUGCUUGGCCAUUGAUCUGGAGGAGGCAAAAGAUCAGCACCGCAAAACCAGAGAGGAACUCCUGAGAGAAAAACAUGAUAAUACUGUUUUGAUUGCUGAAACGCUUCAACAAAAGAAGCUCUUGGGAAAAUAUAACAGAGUGUCCAAGUAUGCAGUAGAGGAGUACGAGGCCCUGCAAGCUGACCUGGAGCUGGAGAAAGACCUGCGAGCAGAGGCUGAGAAGUUUGCACAAGAGAUGCUGGUGGAGCAGAAGAAGAUGAAAAGACAGAGUAAAGUUCUGCUGCAGACCAUGUCUCCUUCAGAAGCUCUGCAGUGUGCUCUCAAAGAAAUCACAUCCCUCACACACAAGCUGGAGACACAGAGACUCGAGCACCAACAACAGCUGAAGCGUUUGCAGGAUGAACUGCAUGGCUCUGAUUGGAGGAAACAACUGUCAGCAUUAGAGAAGAAGGCGGAGCUUCUGGAGGAGGAGAGGAGAGAGAUGCUGGAGAAAUGUAGCAGAGCGGAGAUCGAGGCAAAAGACCUACGCUUUACAGUGGAAGAACUGCAGAAGAAACUCCAGCAGGUAUCUAACCCUGUUCCUGCCCCUCCACCUCCUCCACCUCCCCCACCUCCACCACCACCUCCUCCACCUUCAGCACCGACCAACCCACUUAGCUCCCUCCUGUCAAUGCUCCGUAAGAAAAAAGACGCCAAUAAUGACAUUCCUCUGGUGGAAAAAGACUCUCCAGCAAAAGAACCAGAGAAAGACAUUAGGCAGCAGGCCGUGGCAGAGAUGAUGGAACGAAUCAAAAGAGGCAUUCAGCUUCGGCCAGUUGGCCAGACAAGCAACAGAGCCAAAUCACCACAGAGAGAGCGAAUACCAUCUGGUUCUGCCAUUCAGGAGCUUAAAGGAAUUUUGAGCUCGGUGAAACGCCCCUCCCCAUGUCCAUCCCCUCCUGCACGGCCCUCGUCCCCUGAACCACAGUCUGAACUGCAGAAAGUGCUAUUGAAACGCCGUGGUGCGCUGGAGACGACACAGGACAGCACAUUGUCCUCACAGCCCUUUCCCAGCAGUGUUCUGGACCUGACCCGUGUUAAGCACACUCCCACUGGCCCUGGACAGAGCACAAACCACACAACUACGCAGCACUGACGCCUAGAGACACCUGAAACUCCUACCCCAGUUUUACCAGCUGCAGUGGAGGCGAUUCUCUUUAUUUCUCUCUGGAGCUCAUGGCCCAUCCUGAUGAUCUAAACGGAAGAAACACACGUAUUUUGAAACAGACAGCAGCAAAGUAUACUGUGAAAACUUUUAGGCACUUGAGAAAAUGUCAUUUAAAAAGCUAACUAUCUGGACGGGAAGCAUUUAUUUGCUCAAAAAGGCUAAUAUUAGAAUAAAGACAUUCAUAUUAACACAA